AUGGGAAAUGCAGUGUCUCCAUGUUUCCAUCAAAGUUCAAGAGCUUCAUUUGUGAAGCUAAUCUUCUGGGAAGGAACCACAAGAAUCUUAACAGGCAGCAGCAAACACAUAGCUGGAGAGAUCAUGUUUGAGAAUCCAGACAUGAUGAUUUGCCAUGCAGAUUCUUUCUUCAUUGGUCAUCCUGUUCCAUCCCUGGCCAUUGAUGACGAGCUCAUGCCAGGCCAGACCUACUUUGUUCUUCCAUUAGAUCGCUUCGCAUUCAAUGUUUUGUCAGCCUCUUCUCUUGCAGCCUUCAGCGCUAGCCCUAAACGAACCCCUAUUAAUUUCGGGGAGUCUCCUUUCCAGUACAUAAAGGGUGCGGACGGUAGGGUUUUGAUUAAGGUUGUGCCGGAAUUUAUAGCAAGACUUGUAAAUAAAGGUGGAGAUCAAGAUCAAACAGGUUCUAGUGGCCCUACUAAUAGUUUUCUUUGUAGCACUCCAGAGUUGAAGAAGCAUUAUGAACAGCUGGUUGGGUCAAAAGAACAAACAUGGUCACCUAAACUCGAUACCAUCUCAGAGUACAAAAUAAG